CGAGUAAGUGCUGGAAUACUGAAGGCACUGACUGACUCUAACAAGCAAAAUGAAGAAGAACUUAAAAAGAAAAUUAAAGAAUACGAAAAAAAAAAGGGAAUACGAAGCUUCGUCGAUCGCAUUUUUGGUGGAGAAUUAACCAGUACAAUUAUGUGCGAGGAAUGCAGAACUGUGUCCCUGGUCCAUGAGUCUUUCCUUGAUUUGUCUCUUCCAGUACUAGACGAUCAGAAAUUGAAAAAUACAAAUGAAAGAAAUACUAAGAAAAACAAAGAAAGGGAUUCGGAAGAUGAUGAUGAAAAUAAAAACAACAACUGUUAUGUUAAACAGAGAGAUGAGCUCCCUGGUACAAGUAAACACCUUCAGAAAAAAGCAAAGAAACAGGCCAAAAAACAAGCCAAGAACCAGCGUCGUCAGCAAAAGCUUCAAGGCAAGGUACUUCAUUUGACAGAUAUCUGUGCUAUUGAGCCAUCGGAGGAAGAUCCAGAGUAUAACCAGGAAAUAAAGGCAGAAGGUUACUCUGAAAAACCUGAUGUGAAGCAAGAAGAGGAAUCGGCAAAUGAUUGCGAAGAUCCCUGCUCAAGGCCAAUGGACUUAAGUACGCAGCGAAACAGUGCAGAUGUUCAGGUGUUGCCUGAAAAUGCAGGAGAGACAGAACAAGAACAUAUGGAAGAUGAAUCUCACACAGAUCUCUCUAUGGAAGACUCGGAAUCUCCUGUGAAGUUUGUCAAUGGCCUUGACAACUUACCCUUGAAAGAUGAUGAUGAUGAUGAAGAGGAGGAAGAGGAGCUUGCUACUGACUUUUCAAAACUACAUUUGUGUGCCAAUACCAAAUCUGAUAUAAAUAUUUUAGAUGACCUUCAGACUGUUCCGACAAAGAUUCAUGAAGUGGUGACUGAAGAUCCAGAAACAGCCUUUUGUACCCUUGCAAAGAGGGAAGACCUGAACCUCGAAGAAAGUUCCAUCCAUCACUGUUUGUAUCAAUUUACCCGUAAUGAAAAACUUAGUGAGACCAAUAAACUACUCUGUGAUGUGUGUACACAAAGACAUUGUGGACCAAAGAAGAACUUAAAAAGUGAAAAGAAGUAUAUUUAUACCAAUGCCAAAAAACAAAUGCUUAUUUCUCUUCCUCCUCCAAUUUUAACUCUUCAUUUAAAGAGAUUUCAACAGGCUGGAUUUAAUCUACGGAAAGUUAACAGGCAUAUCAAGUUUCCAGAGGUGUUGGACCUGGCUCCUUUCUGCUCAGUUAAAUGUAAAAACGUGGCUGAGGGGAAUACAAAAGUGUUGUAUUCUCUGUAUGGCGUUGUCGAACACAGCGGCACCAUGAGAUCUGGGCACUACACUGCAUAUGCCAAAAUGAGAAAUAUCAACAAUCACCUUUCUGAGCUUGUCCUCCGAGGAGAAUCUACUCAAGCUUUAGGAACUGAACCAGUAAAAGGGCAGUGGUUCCAUGUCAGUGACACCCAUGUCCAGGCCGUGUCGGCAGCCAAGGUGCUGGGCGCGCAGGCGUACCUCCUGUUCUACGAGCGGCUGCUCUAG